CCCUCCCCCCCUUCCAUGAGCAUCCUGCAGCCCUGGGGUGGGCUCGGUCUGAGCGAGCACUGGCUGCCAGCUCCCCGGGGAGUGGGGCCGACGUCAGAGCCGCCAAGCCCGGCCCUACAAAGAGUGGUGCCGAGCCCAGCCCUACAAAUAGCGGUGCUGAGCCCCUGGCCAGGACACAGCACCGGCCACCGCUGCCCCAACAGCCCUGCUCAGUGCCAUGGCUCCCGGUGGCUGCCUGCUACUGGCCCUGCUGCUGCUGGCAGGCGCUGCACAGGGCCAGCACUGGUCCCACGGAUGGUACCCUGGGGGCAAGAGGGACCUCAGCGCCCCACAGGUCCCCGCUGCGCUCCGGCCCUGCCCGGCCCCGCCAUGCCGCCCGCUCCCGCAGAUGCCCUCAGGCCUCCGGGCCGCAGUGUGGCGCCCUCUGGAGGCCGCCCUGCGCCGCCCGCACUGAGCGGCCCCGCGCCGCACUACACUUCCCAUCGUUCCACGCGCCGCGCUCUCCUCUCAUUGGUCGGUGCCUCCCGCCUUGUUUACGUCACAUCCGGUCUGCUGCUGGCCGCCAUGUUGGCGGCGCUGAGGUGCUGCGGGCCGCGCUCUUUCCCCGUUGCUGUCUCUGGGGCCAUUCCCGCUUGGAGCCCGUGGUUGGUGCCAUCUCGGGGCCGCAAAUCGCGGCACGAUCCCCCCGCCAAGUCCAAAGCGUCGCGGCUGAAAGUACCGCCUCCCGUCGACCCCGCCGAGCUCUAUGUGGUCACCGAGCGGUACCGUCAGCACCGCUUGGUGCUCAGCGCGCUCCGCUCCAUCUUCAGGUCCGAGGUGGUGCAGAGGAAGCGCAAGGCGCAGCGGGAUGCGGAGGACACGGCAGCUCUGUCAGAGGAGCACCGGCUGCUGAUGGCCUGGAAUGAUGCCGAGAACGCGCGGCAGCGGGCACGCAGAGAAGAAAGAAUUAGGAAAGAAGAGGAGGAACGGAAGGUGCAGAAGCUACGGGCUGCGGAGAACAAAGCCAAAGUGAUGGAGGCCUUUCUGAAGGAGAAGGAGAAAGAGGUUCUGCAGCUGCAGGAGGAAGCAAAAACCUUCAUCACUCCUGAGAACCUGGAGGCACGGAUUGAGGAGUGCCUGGACAACCCUCGUAACUACAACUUUGCCAUCGACAAGGAAGGACGCAUUGUCAAGCGCACUGCUCUGUCCUAGCAGCUCUGUCUCAUGGCUGAAGGGGAUGUGCUGGCCUGGCCUCUGUCCAGAGGCCGGGGUUCUUCCUUUUAAUGCCCAAAUCAGCCGUAGAAUUGAUGGACAAACAGCCUGCUUCCUGUGCUGCUGUUGCAGAGGUAGGGGGGAAGGAGGGAAGUGGCAUUAUUUUGAGGUGCAGGGCAGCGGUCUGCCUCAGCCCUGCAGUGAGGCAGACGGGAGAAGGAGGAGGAGCUGCUGGUGUUCUGCUCUCAUUGCUCUGAGAAGUGCUCUGCAGUUCCACCUCCCUCUGGUUGGAUCCCUGCUGCUCUCAGCUUGGAGGUGAGGUGGAGCAAGGCAGAUCCUCAGUAGUUUUGCACCAGAGGGAUCUCAUGCCUUUUGUCUUCUUCACUGAGCUAAGGCACCUCGAUCUCCGGUCACUCUCCUUUUAUCUUUGGCCUUCUGAUUUGUUUUUCUGCACUCGAUUGGUCUUAAAUACGUGUGAGAAAAAGGCAUGUCUGACACAGGUGAGGUUGUACCUGGGUCUUGCACAGUAACACAUUACAGGAGAUUGUAUCUGACUGGUUUUGCACCCUUGCCUCUGUGGAACCCCGUCCUGCAUCUGGCACAAACCCGUCCUGGCCCCGUGUGCCAGUGGCCCCAGCACUGUGCAUUUCAGCCCCUCUGGAUGCUUUUGAUGGAAAACGAGGUCUGGAUUGUUUUGUAGAAAACACAGGCACUGUGCUUUUUGUUGUUAGGUGAAAUAAAUCAUUGUUUCUGUGUUUUCUGCUA